AUGAACACAGCGGCUGGCGUCACUCGUGGGAAAUACAUUAAAACAUACGAGUUUGAUACGUUGCCAUAUCAUAAUGGUAAACGUUUAACUAACAGUGAUGUAGAUCAGUGUAUGCAAGAGAAUCGACCUCUAAAUGAAUUAUAUAAACAACGAACUAAGCAAAAAUUACCUGUACUUAAUACUGGUGACUCAGGUGGACCGCUAAUGUGUUUGAUUACUGUUAAUGGAGUACAAAAAUGGGUACAAUAUGGCGUUUAUAUUCGCUCGGUUGCGAGAAAUUCUAAAGUUACCAAUAUCACGUAUAAACUGCUGAAUGCUCGAUUGACAAAUAUAACUUAUUUUUUGAAUAAAAUACGGGAAGUAAUACAAAAAACAAAUGAUCACAUCCAGAAAAUAUUUUUAAUGAAUAUACCUGAAAAGAAAACAGCCACGCUUGCAUAUCGUAGUUAUACUGUAAAGGACGAAUCGUCUACAAGUGAUAACAUAUUAUCAUGGUGCCAGACAGAUGGUGAAAUUGUAUCCAGUGCUCCGUUAGACAGAAUAAAACUCGAUGAAACAUGGCAAUCUUGUUGUGGUUAUUCACCUCGUACAUACAUAUAUAGCAAUGAUCCACGGUUUAAAGGCACAAAAUAUUAUCAUGAUCGUGUUAAACGCAUAUCCUACGGACGAUUUACAUCAGUUGGCGAUUGGUCAUGGAGUAUACAAAUAGAAACGAAUAAACAAGACUUGUGUAAGUUGGAUUGGAUAAAAGUUUGGGCUCGUCACAGAGGUCAAACAAAUAAUAUUGACAGUGUACAAAAUGUUGAACGUGUCUACUAUCAAUUCUCGUCAGAUGAGCAAAUCGAUUUUGUCAUAUUAAAACUUUUCAAACCGUUUAAAUUUGAUAGUUUAAAUCAACCAGUUUGUUUACCGUCCAGUUUCCAAAAUAAACUAGCGGUCGAUUUAAUUCGACAAACACAAAUAUGUAUACAAACCGGCUAUGGGCAUAAAUAUCAUGAUAAUGACAGAAGACAAACUGACGUUGAGCGUUAUAGUGAAAGUGAUUUAGAAGUAGCUAUUGAAAAUUUACAAUUCUCAUCCAUCAAGCAUAUGUUUAACGUGCUACCAUUUAAGAAUAAUGUUCUGGUCAAUAGAGAGGAUUUCAAGGCGUUUCAUGAUAAAUCGCUCGACGAUUUGAAUAAAUACCGAGACAAACUUCAAAUACCGAGAAUUCAACAUGGCGAUUAUGGAGCACCACUCAUGUGUUUAUCAGAAGUGAACGGUAGACAAAAAUGGGUUCAAUAUGGUAUUACAGGGUCUGCUGAAGAGAUCUAUUUUCAUAGCCGUCCACAGACUAAAUUUCGGUCUUUGGUUGGACGAAUAACAAAUGUGACAUAUAUCUUGGACAAGAUCCGAGAAGUGAUGAGACUAACGAACAAUGAGAUGAACAGUAAUAGUUUGAAACUAUCAUAA